AUUUCCUAAAGCCAUAGGAACUUGAAGAUCUACAGCGUUGGAAUAGAUUUCCAGGAAAUGCUCAAUCUUCGACGUUUGGGUAUGCAAUGAACAGGCAGGAAAUGGAAAAACGUUACCUCAUCAUACCGCCAAAACCAUAUUUCAACCAUAGUUGUGAAUCAAGCGAAACCCUACUGUCUCUCUCUCUCUCGCUGGCGCCAUUAAGAAACCCUGCUCUCUCGCUCUGCUACCACAAUACCAGGUCCUUAUCCAGUGAUCAAUCUUUUACCAUGCCUGGUAAAAAGCAUGAAGCCGAACAUGAAGAAAAGAUCGAAUGCGAUGCUAAUUUGGCUGCAGUUGAGAAACUGGCUGCGCCCUUGAACACAAUAGUCACUGCACUCGACAAUUUCAGAAAACCUGUUUCAAACCCCCAUAUCAAAGAGGUCUAUUAUACUCUUUUGAAGUUUGAAGGCCUUGAUCGAAGAGUCUGCUUACUAGCAUAUGAUGAUAUCAUUGCAAAUGUCAAUGCGAGUGCGGCAUUCUUGUUACUGCCCAAGGAGGACCAAGCUCUCUGGAUCGAAAUGAAGUACACUAAGCAAGGCAGUUCCAGUUUCUGAGGACUUUGAUCCUUUUAUUUUUUUUCUUGGGUUUUUAGCCUUCCUUUUGUCUCUCUUGGUAUGGUUCGUGGACUUGAGAAGUUUUUUUAUCAAGAACCAUUGAAAAAAAUGGUUUCCGAACCACUAAUAUACCAUCUGCAUUCUCUGCGUCA